ACACUUUUCUGCAAGCUGCGAGAAGCUGAUUCUGGUGGGGACUGGCCCAGUGCUCGGCGCUGCGAACCCCUGCGGGUGGGGGGACGGGGGCGGGGAGAAGUGAAACUUACAAGAACUUUUUGUUAUUGUUUGGGUCGCUUUUUGGUUUUGUUUUGGUUUGGUUUUUUGGAUCGUGGUUGCGCUUGGCUUCUCCCAACGCCUGAGCCCUCAUCAGCUCAGGGCCAGGCAGGCUGGGCAGCGCCCCCCGCCCCCGCCCCAAAAAAAUAGAAGAGAAGAGGAAAAAGCUACAAGCAACAGGCACACAACCCCCGCCCUUGCAGGUGGAAGCUGAUCGGAGACAGGUGGGGUGCGGAGACCCGGCUGCUGUGAAGGCGGAGCUGGCUGCAAAGAGGCUCUCCCCUGGAGGAUCGGGCCACGUCGAGGCGCCCCAUGGCAGCUGGCAGCGAUGCCCCCGCAGCUCUGCUGCCCACCCGGCUCGCUCGCCUCAAACGCUCCCGCCGUUCAGCGUUCCACAUCCCCGUUGCGCUGCGGACGAAGGCCCUGGCGCAGCUGCUCCACCAUCGUUCCCUGGAGCCAGGUGGCGUCGCCGCCACAGCCUCCAGCCUGCCCUCCCCGGUCCCAGUGCCCCCCGCCGGCGACCUCUACGGGGACAGGGUGGAGCUGGCGCUGCAGGAGGCGGAGGCGGCUCCGGAGCCAGCCCCCGAGGCCGGGCCUGGGUGCGAGGAGCUGACCUUGGACCACCUGCUGGAGAUCGUGGCUCAGCUGGAGUAUCACACCCACCCCGAGGACGGGGUGGAGAUCUGCCCCCUUUUCCUCCUGGGCUGCUGCUUCUCCGGGGCCUGCUGCCCCCAGCACCACACCCUCUUGCCCUACCACUGGCAGCUGUGGCAGACGGCCAGUCUGCCCCCCAGCUGGCUGAGCGUCGGGCCCGAGGCCCAUGAGACGCUGGAGCGGCUCUACAGUGACCCCGAGCGCACCCUCGUGCGGGCCUCCUACCAAUCUAUCCGCUGCCGCCUGUGCCCCCCAGAUCUAUCCUCUGCAUCCUCCAGCUCUAUCCGCUGCACCCUGCGCACCCUGCACCCCCCAGAUCUAUCCGCUGCCGCCUGUGCCCCCUGCAACCCCUUCCUGUGGGACAGGGACAAAAGGAAGCAGAGCCACAUGAGCCGGCAGAUGUCUCCGGAGCAGCGGCUGCGGAACGAGCGUCACCUCUUCCACGGGACGUCGGCGGGUGCGGUGCCGGCCAUCUGCAAACACAACCUGGACCCCCGGCUGUCGGGGAAACACGCCGCCCUCUACGGGCAGGGCAGCUACUUCGCCCGCCGGGCCAGCUACUCCCACCGCUACGCACCCCCCGCCGAGGCCGGCCUGCGCCACGUCUUCCUCUGCAAGGUGCUGGUGGGGCGCUCGGCCCUGGGGCAGCCGGCCCUGCGCCGGCCCCCGCCCCUGGACCCCGGCGAUCCAACCAGCGACCUGUACGACUCGUGCGUGGACAGCCUGAGCGACCCCCAGAUUUACGUGGUCUUCGACAACAACCAAUGCUACCCCUACUUCCUCCUCCAGUACCGCGAGCUGGAGGAGGUGGUGAAGGUGGACUGAGUGGGGGGACGGGGGAAGAACCCAGGAGUCCUGUUGCUGCUGGCGGAGUGAGAGGGCCAGGACGUCCCGUGGAAGGGGCGUGAUCGGUCUGGGUUGGGUCCAGCAGGAAGUGAUGUCAUUCUACAGCAGGCUGUGAUGUCACUGGACCGGACCCAGCCCUUCAGAGGUCCCGCAGGAAGUGAUGUCAUGCUACAGGGCUCUAGCAGGAAGUGAUGUCAUUCUACAGCAGGCUGUGAUGUCACUGGACCGGGCCCAGCCCUUCAGAGGUCCCGCAGGAAGUGAUGUCAUGCUACAGGGCUCCAGCAGGAAGUGAUGUCCGCCAAUGGGCUUGGCUGCCUGCAGGCCUUGAUGUCACAUAUGAAGGCUGCACCUGGCCAUGAUGUCAUUACGGAGCCAACCAACGGGGUGCAGGACCAGUGGGAGGCCCCGCCCACACUUACCAACCAGAUUCUGAUUGGGUGCAAACUGAGUCAACAAAGCGUGGCCGGCAGGGACCCCCUCCCACUUUGCCAAAUGAGCUCCCGAUUGGCGGAGAGGGCUGCUACGCUGGGCUCGAACCCGGCACCUGCCUCAAGGUGGGGUGGGGCUGGGCCUGGCUCCGGUGCCCCCCACCAAUAAACCAGGUGCAGAGCUCA